UUAAUACUGGGGCCGAGGACACACUUUUGAGACAAUAGUAUGGUUAUCCAGAUCAGGACGAACAUGGAUCAAAUAACAGAGAAAGUCAUUUUAGAAAUAGAUGAUUUUUUUGUCUAUGAAAACAUGACGGAGGCUCCUUAUGAUGAUGUACAGUACACCUGUGAAAACGAAAAAAACCCACUGCUCCUGUUUCACACCGUGUUCCAGCCCCUUGUGUACGGUGUGGUGUUUCUCUUGGGCUUGACAGGAAACGGCCUCCUCCUGACAGUCUUGCUUAAGCGCCGAAGCAACCUCCGCAUCACCGAGAUCUACCUGCUACAUUUGGCACUGGCUGACCUGCUCCUACUCUUCACGUUACCAUUCGCAGUGACUCAGAGGGUGACUGGAUGGCUUUUUGGAGAGUUUCUGUGCAAGUUAUUAGGCCUUAUUAAUCGCCUAAAUCAGGUGUGUGGGAGUCUGCUUUUGGCUUGUAUCAGCUUUGAUCGUUAUCUCGCCAUCGUGCAUGCCGUCCCCAGCCUCAAGACCCGUAGCCCUCGGACUGUUCACCUCACCUGUGCUCUGCUCUGGCUCCUCUGCCUAUUGGUGUCCAUGCCCAAUAUGGUGUUCCUUUCCGUGGAGGUAGAUAAGGAUGAAAGUGCCAGUCUCUCUUGCUCUUAUAACAAUCUCGGCCUUCAUGCAAACAACUGGAUGCUGACCAACAGGUUCCUCACACACCUGCUAUGCUUCUUCUUGCCUUUGGUCAUUAUGGGGUACUGCUACACUGCCAUAAUCAUCACUCUUUGCCAAAGCCAGAGGAGUCUGGAAAAGCAGGGGGCCAUUCGGCUGGCCUUGCUGGUUACCCUGGUUUUCUGCCUGUGCUGGCUGCCCUAUAACAUUACCGUUUUAAUGGAUACCUUGGUGGUAGUAGGUGCUAUGCCUGAGCAGAGCUGCCAUGCCCGCUCCACAUUGCAACAGGCACUGAUAGUGACAGACAGCAUUGGCUUUAGCCAUUGUUGCCUGAAUCCAAUCUUGUAUGCCUUCAUAGGUGUGCGUUUCCGGAGAGACCUCCUGCAGUUGCUAGCGAAAAGGAAGUGUAUGCGCAUAUGCCUGUCAGGGCUUAGAGCGGAAAGUCUUGGUAGAGUGUCGGUCUCAGAGGCUGUUACCACCACAACAAGCAGCCACUACAUCUAAAGAACAGUUGAGGUUUUUGAAAUGACUGUACUUAUUAAACAAAAAAAAUAUGUUUUUGUACAUGCAACUUGUAAUAUUUGAAUUGCCAAUAAGCAAUCUGAGAUCAACAGCUUCAUCUCUGCACUGAUGAACUGCACACUGCCUGAGCCUAAGUCUGAACACAUGAAUGCACACAAUGUAACUGAAAUUAUAUACAGUGGUGAUAUACAGACCCCCUAUGGAUUUGGACAAAUAAGCCACACAUAUAUUUGUUUAAAAGACAUUGUAUUAAAUAAAAAAGCACACUUUUUUCUAAGCAAAGCAUUUAACAUAAAUCCUAUAAAGUUUUGUUAGGUUUUAUGGCACACAUUUAAAAUGACUAGAAUGUCUUUAUAUUAGAUAAUAAAAGUGUGGCUGAAGUGUCCAAAUACUUUUUGGGGG